CACUGCAAACAUAGGUUGUGUUUCUUCCAUUCCCUUGUCUGGGAGCUCUCUAACAUGCCUAUUUUUCGGCAAUGAUGAUCACUGCAAACGGAAAUCCAACAUUUUCGACAAGGCAGCAUGAUCGAUCAUGAGUUUUGCAAAUCAUCAUGUAAGGAAGAUGUUUGGAGCUGGAAAUCUGGAAAAGACGACGUCUACUCAACAAAGACGGCAUAUGAUAUCAUCGCGGCCUCUAACUACGGGCUGCCCUCGGUGGAGGAGAUUGAGGCUGCAAAAGUUUGGAAGGCUCGGGCACCCCAUAAGGCAACAGUUUCGGCUUGGCGAGCUUUGAUCAAUCGAUUGCCCACUUGUGAUAACUUGCUUAGAAGAAAUGUCUCUCUCGGUGUCGAAGAGAGAUGUUGUAAUUCCUGCGUGAUGCAAGACGAAACUGCAGAACACACCUUUCUUCAUUGUCCCAAAGUUGAGAUGGUGUGGAAUCAAAUUCAUCAAUGGAUCGACUUAAAAACUGCCAAGCCCAAAGGUAUUUUACAACACUUCAAUUCGUUUGUCCUCGGAGUUAGAAGGAAAGAAGGAAGAAAACUGCUCCUUGCUCUGUGGGUUGGUAUUAUUUGGCUGAUCUGGAAGUACAGAAACGAGAGUAGGUUCGAGGGAAGGGUGUGGGAUGCCAAUCAACUUGUUUUGGAGAUGAAGGGUAGAUUGUGGAGUUGGAACAAGAUUUUCCACCUUGUUGAUGAUAAUGGUUCCUUCGCUUCUUGGUGUUCAAGUGAACACAAACUUUCCUUUUUGUAAUUCUCUUGGUACCUCUGGUACCUUGUUUGCUCCUCUCUUCAAUAAAAUUCUUUUA